CCCUCGGUACGCAUGCGCACCGUGCCCGCCCCGCUGUUCAAGCUCCUCACCCCAGUUGGCGGCUUGAGUCUGAGGGAGGGGAAGGAGAAGGGCGCGCCGUGGCGGGAAGGGGCGGAGCGGACGGUGGGCGCGGCUGCUGCGUGAAAAGAGCACAACCGAAUACCCGGCGUCUCUUCGCUCUCUCUCCGGAGAGGACCACUUGGGAGAGGUAAGGAAAGAGCCUGUCGUUAGCCGCCAAGACCCGAAAGGAGCUCUGAAGAGACCGGUGAGGGAAGUCAGACGCUGAAGGAGUUUAUAAAAGGACUCGUGACGGGGUGACGAGGACAUCCUUGUCUAUUCCUUUGUGAGUUUGAGGCAGGGGUUGAGGUAAGGGGAGCCGAUCGGAGACGUAGGAGCUAGAAGUCACCGGCACACACCGUCCUCCUCACCGAAAUGAUUCUAAGUGACCCGAUUUUGUCCAGCGGACGUCCCAUCUGCAGCCCGCUUCCCCACCAUCAGAUCCUCCAAGGCGGAAAGAGGGCGCGGAGGUCGGUGUAACCGACUAAGGUUGAGCCAAGCGGGCUGGGGAGCGGGACGCUAAUUGGAGAAAAGAGAAUCUUCUCAAAGUUUGACUUCUGUUGUCCCACACCUCCAGAAUCGGUUCUGUGGAAGAGGUAGUGAAGAAGCCAAGGUGAUGGCUCCACCCCAACCUUCAGCAGCCACCACUCUGAUUAAUCAGCAGCCAUCAACAUCAAAGCAAGACCCUCCGCCAGCGAACAGGUUAUGACUUGCUGAAGGCUCAAAUGAUGAUUAGCAUUUUUAAGCAAUAAAGUAUUUUUUAUUUAAGAGAACAGAAAUGAGUGGAAUGCUAUCUUAAACAAGCCAGAAAAUCUGUCAUAGCUGUUAUUAUUAAAUACUACUCAAAAAAAUAAAGACAAAAAGAAAACCAAAACUCUAACUGAUAUUUACCCCGUUGAGACAUUGGUGAAUAUGUCGUUUAAUCCAAGUCGACCUUCAUCGGAGUUGGUGGAACUUCAUGUUUUUUAUGUCCCUGAAGGGUCAUGGAACUAUAAGUUAAAUACCAUUUCAAAAGAAGUUGUUAACGAAUUCAUUUCAGCUGGAUUUAUAAGAGUAUCUCCUCAACUUACUUUACAAGCCCUGAGGGAGCGUCUUGGUGAGUUCCUUGGUGAAGAUGCUGUUGCAGAAAAAUUUUUGUUUCUGAAGUGUAUAGGAAAUAAUCUAGCUGUGGUGAAAACAAAGCAAGAAUCAGAACUGAAACUCAAAUCAUUUGCUCCUCCAUAUGCUCUUCAACCAGAAUUAUAUUUGCUUCCCAUAAUAGACCACUUAGGAAAUAUUUAUUCCGCCUCAUCAACAGUUACAUUAGAUGGGGAGCAGACUAAUAUUGCUGUUACUGAGGCAGAUGGAACAGUCCAAACACCAGUCAGUGUGACUUUGUCAAAGGAAGAACCUGGAACAGAUCCCAGUAUGUUAGAAAACACUUUGAAAGAGCUUCUGAACAAGAAUCAGGAAGAAGCCAAGAGGAAAACCACUCGAGAAGAAGGCCAGAAUGGGAAAAGUCCAAUUAAAAAUUCUGAAUUGCCAGGAUCAUUGGAAAACUCAAAUACUGAUUAUUUUAACAACAAAAGUCAGUAUCCUUGGAAAAAUGAAGAUGAUACAGCUAAUAUCAGUAAAAGAGAGGACAGUCAGACAGGUGAAAAAGAGUGUGUCAUCCUACCAGAUCUUAUUGAUUUUCCCUCACCUCCUCAUCAACCUGUUCAUUCUCCAAGAAUAACUGAUAUCUCUUCAUUACAGAUGGAGAGAGAGAAGAUUAUUGAACAAAUGAAACAAGUAAAGGAAGAAAGAAGAUACCUGGAAAGAAUUAGAGAAGAACUAAUAAAAAAAGUUGAAAGGCUGUUUGAACAAAGCAAAUUGAAGCGAUAUCAUGCCUGUGAUGGUUGGAAGAAAAAAUACUUUGAAACAAAGAAAGUCACAGCAUCAUUGGAGGAGGUUUUAACAAAGCUUCGAGAAGAUUUGGAACUUUACUAUAAAAAAUUGCUCAUGCAACUUGAAGCCAGGGAAAUAAAAAUGAGACCAAAGAAUUUGGCAAAUGUGAUAGACUCUAAGAACUACCUUAUAAUCCAGAUCACUGAAGUACAGCAUGCAAUUGACCAACUUAAGAGAAAAUUGGAUACUGACAAAAUGAAACUCAUAAUAGAAGUUAAGAUGAGAAAACAAGCAGUUUCAGAUUUACGCGUAUUGAAAGCUGAACUGGCACAGAAGAAAAUUAAUACAUCUUUACAAUCUCAAAUAGAGAACCCAGCCUAAGACACACGUGGACUUAGUUGGAUGGAAUACACGGUAAUCUAAUUGACUACAUCUGUGGAAAAAGAUGUUAGAGAAGCUCAAAAUCAUCAGUCAGAACAAGGCCAGGGGCCAACGGUGGAACAGACCAUCAAUUGCUCAUAUGUAAGUUCAAGUUGAAGCUGAAGGAAAAUAAAACAAGUCCACGAGAGCCAAAGUACGACCUUGGGUAUAUCCCACCUGUAUUUAGAGAUCAUGUGGUAAUGCAAGUUUUGACGCAUUGAACACUAAUACCAGACAAGUUGUAGGAUGACGUCAAGGAUAUCAUACAUGAAGAAAGCAAAAGGUCAUUAAAAAGACAGAAAAAAAAGGAGACAGACCAAAGACGGUGGUUAAUUCACAAAUACCAUGCUAUCCCCUUGCAGCAAAGAACUGAGAAACCAAGUGGAACAGAUACAGAUGACAAUCCAGGCACUGAGAACUGCAACCAAAAGAGUGAAGAAUUAGAUCAAAAACCAAAGGAAAGGAAAAACUGAAUGAAAAAUUCUAACCAGGAGACUUACAGACUGUAGGCACCCUACCUAGUGGCCUGGCGCAGCAUCACCAUCUUGAGACAAUGGGAGCAGCACUCCCAGGUGAGGAGUACAGGAAGGCCACUUCAUGGAAUUACCAAUAGGAGACAGAGAUACUGUCUAGACAAACCUGAAGGAAAGCAAGGUGAGCAGAACCUGAACUGGAUCUCAGGAGGGAAAGUGCAGGAAGGUGAGUGAGAGCCCUAAAGGUUCCAGGUGACUACAGAGCAGGGAGGGAGCCAGAAAAUAGGACAGAACUACUCAUCAGUGGUGAUCCCUGCUUGUUUGGGCACGUGGCAUUGGUGAAGCAGAGGAUCCUUGAAGUGGCAGCUAAAGAUAACUCACCUGACUGGGCUCUGGACAAUCCUCCCCUCCUCACAUUUGGUCAGGGUGAGGUUCUGAUCGCUGGCUGCACUCUGCGGGGAGUGCCCCAGUAUCCACGUUAGACUGGGGAAACAUGCUCCCCCCUUCUUCUUCUCCCCCACCUUGCCCUCCCAGUGACCAGCAGUGAGCCCCACCUCCUCACCUGGUGAUCCACAGCAUGCACACUCGCAUGCUCUUGGACCUGCACUGGAGGCUUGGGCCCAUCCCAGCCCAUUCCCAUGCAGCCACACCCAUGACGAUCCACGUCAUGCAUUCCCAUGCUAGCAGAUCUGUGACCAGGGACUCAAGAUCACACCUACCCAUGCCCACACAUCCACGCCCACUGGUGAUCCACAGCACAUGCUUAUGUGCAGUGGAACCUGUAACUGCAGGCUCAUGCUGGCUUGCUCUGAACACCCCUGUGCUGCACUGCCCUGCCAGCCCAAGGACCAGUGGUACAAGUUUCCAUGGCAUCCACCCAGUGACCAGUGACCUGUGCACCCUUGCCCUGAUCACCUGGCAACUGCAGGAUCCAACACACAGGAUCCAACCCAGCACCCAGCAAGAACAGUCCCUGUACCCAUUCCCAGGUGCCAGCUGGACAGACAUGUCACCUCACCAGCAAUGCCAGUCACAUCCUGACAAGUGCAAUCUACACCCCUGCCAACCAAUGAGCAGGAGACCCUAGUGUUUUCAUCUAACAUCCUCCCAGCUGCAACAGCACACAGUCUACAUCCAAACAGUUCCUGCAGGCCAUCUACACUUGCACUGGGACCCCUUGAUACCUCACCAUUACUGAAAUGCCAGUUUGUCCACUUACAGCAGGCAUACUCUGUCCAUUAGGGUCUCACUCCCUCACAGUGGAUAUGGAGAAGUCCUGUCCUGACCUCCAGAAAACACUAACUGCUGGCACCAAACUUAAUGCCUCGAAGACAGCAGACAAUAACAAAUCCUAUGAGGAAACAGAGUAAGAUGGCUCAAACAACUGAGCAAAAUAAAGGGGCAGCAAACAUUCCUGAAGAAAAAAUGCUAAUGGAACAAACUGACAAGGAAUACAAAAGAUUUAUAUAUUGGAUCUUCAAAGAGAUCUAGGAAAACACAGACGAAACCCUAGAAGAAUUCAGGGGAACAAUACAAGAACAAAAUGACAAACAGACAAUUAGAAACCAUACAAAAACAACAACUAGAAAUCCAGAAGAUUAAUAGUAAAAUAUCAGAAAUAGAUAAUAAAAGGACAUAAAAGUAUAAUGAAUCAACAGAAGAAAGAAUCAGUGAAAUAGAAGACAAAUCCCUUGAUACUAAUUGAAGAACAAUCAGGAAAAAAAAGAAUGAAGAAAGCCUAAGAGUUAUGUGGGACACUAUGAAGAGGAAUAAUUUACAUUUAAUUGGAAUUCCAGAACAAGAGGAGAAGGAAAAAAAAGCAUAGAGAGAAUUGUGGAAGAUUUACUGGCAGAAAACUUCUCUAAUAUCAUGAAAGAUGAGAAGGUUUCCAUCCAAGAAGCUCAACAAACCCCGUAUAGGAAAGACCUCAAAAGAAACUCACUAAGACAUAUAAUCAAACAUUCCAAAACCAAAGACAAAGAAAGAAUUCUGAGAGUACCUCGUGAAAAACAAAAUACCGCCUGCAAAGGGGCACCAAUAAGAGUAAACUCUGAUUUCUUGGCAGAAACCAUGCAGGCAAGAAGGGAAUGGAAUGACAUAUAUAAAACCCUGAAAGAAAAAAAUUGCCAGCCAAGAAUCAUAUAUCCAGCAAAAUUGUCUUUCAGAUAUGAUGGUGAAACUAGGACAUACCCAGAUAAACAGAAAUUAAGAGAAUUUGUAAAAACCAGACCAACCUUACAACCUGAGAUUAAGACAAAUGACAGCAUCAUCCAGAUAAUCAAUCCAGGUAAAAAAAAAAAAGUCAAAAGUAAAAUAAUGCUACAAAACUGAAAAUAGGGAACUAGAGAUGUCAAUCUGUAAAUGACGACAACUUGAAAACAAAAGGGGUAAUAAUGGUAUAGUUAUAGAACGUCCAUAUGGAGAGGAAAUCAAGAUGAUGUCAAGAUAUAACAGACUGUUGUAAACUGGGAAAGAUAAAGGUAAAUUUCAGAGUAACCACAAAGAAAAUAAGAAUCAAAUAAAAAAUAAAGAAAAUUUAAAAACAAACAAAGUCAUCAACAGUGAAGGAAAUGAAAAGAAAAUCCAUAAACAAAAAGAAUUCAGCACAGAAAAUUAAGUGGAACAAAGAAACCGUUAACACCACAAAAAAGAAGCAUAACAAAAUGACAGCAGUGAAUUCCUGCCUUUCGAUAAUCACACUGAAUGUAAAUAGUUAUAUGUACCAGUCAAGAUAACAGAGAGUGGCAGAAUGGAUAAAAAAACAUGACCUUUCCAUACGUUGCCCACAAGAGAUGUACCUUAGAUAUGAAGACAUAAAUAGGUUAAAAAUCAAAGCGUGGAAAAAAUAUAUCAAGCAAAUAGUAACCAAAAGAGAGUGGGAGUGACAAUAAUAAUCUCUGAUAAAAUAGGCUUUAAGUCGAAAUCUAUUAUAAGAGACAAGGAAAGGCAUAAUGUAAUGAUUAAAGUGUCAUUCCACCAAGAGGACAUAACCAUAAUAAGUAUUUACACACUCAAAGAUGGUGCUCUAAAAUAGAUAAACUAUAGAAGCAUUAAAAAGAGAAAUAGACAGUUCUACAAUAAUAGUAGGAGACUUUAACACACCACUUUCGAUGAUGGACAGACUAGAAAGAAACUCAGCAAAGAUACAAAAGAUCUAAAUAAUAUAAUCAACCAACUUGACCCCAUAGACAUAAAGAACACACCACCCAACAGCAGCACAGUACACAUUCUUCUCCAAUGCACAUGGAUCAUUUUCCAGAAUAGACCAUAUUUUAGGCCACAAAGCAAACCUCAAUAAAUUCAAAAGCAUCAAGAUAAUACAAAGCACCUUCUCUGAUCAUAAUGCUAUGAAACUAGAAAUCAAUAAAGAAAAGGAAAAAAUUAAAUACAUGGAAACUGAAUAACAUCUUACUUAAAAACUAUUGGGUAAUAGAAGAAAUUAAAAUUAAAAUAAUUCCUAGAAUCAAAUAUAAAUGAAACAUAACAUACCAAAAACUUUGGGAUACAGCAAAUGCAGUGCUCAGAGGAGAAUUUAUAUACAGCAAUAAAUGCACAUAUCAAAAAGAAGAAAGGGCUAAAAUCAAUACCUUAGCGCUACAACUCAAACAAAUAGAAGAGGAGCAGUAAAAGAAGCCCACAGUUACCAGAAUAAAGGAAAUAAUAAAGAUCAGAGCAGAGAAAAUGAACUAGAAAAGAGAAAAACAAUAGAAUGAAUCAACAAGACUCAAAGUUGGUUCUUUGAAAAGAUCAAUAAAAUUGAUAAACCACUGACCAAACUGACAAAGAAAAAAAAUGAGAAUAUGCAAAUAACCAGGAUAAUAAAUAAGAUGGGUGAUAUUAUAUCAGGACCAACCGAGAUAAAAAGGAUCGUAAGAGAAUAUUAUGAAAAAUUGUAGUCCAAUAAAUUUGAAAACUUAGAAGAAAAGGACAAACUUCUAGAAACACGCUACCUACCUAAAACUAACACAAAUAGUAGUGAACACAAAUAGAGGUAGAAAAUUUGAACUGACCCUUAACAAAAGAAGAAAUUGAAGAGGUCAUGAAAAAAACUCCCAACAAAAAAAGCCCCGGCCUAGACAGCUUCACCGGAGAAUUCUACCAAACAUUCAUAGAAGAGUUCACACCAAUUCUACUCAGACUAUUCCAGAACAUAGAAGAGGAAGGGAUAUUCCCAAAUUCAUUCUAUGAAGUCAGCGUAACACUGACACCAAAGCCAGGCAAAGACACCACUAAAAAAGAAAAUUUCAGACCAAUAUCCCUUAUGAAUAUAGAUGUAAAAAUUCUCAACAAAAUUCUAGGCAACAGAAUUCAACAACAUAUCAAAAAAAUAAUACAUAUGACCAAGUGGGAUUCGUACCAGGGAUAAAAGGAUGGUUCAACAUUAGAAAAUCAAUCAACAUAAUUCACCACAUAAAUAAAACAAACAAUCAUAUGAUCAUCUCCAUUGAUGCAGACAAAGCAUUUGAUAAAAUCCAACACCCUUUCUUGAUAAAAACUCUCAACAAAAUAGGAACAGAAGGGAAAUUCCUAAACAUAAUUAAGGGCAUAUAUGCAAAACCAACAGCCAACAUUAUUUUCAACAGAGAAAGAUUGAGAGCAUUCCACUUGAGAGUGGUAACGAGAUAAGGAUGUCCUCUAUCAUCAUUCUUAUUCAAUAUUGUCCUGGAAGUCCCAGCUAGAGUAAUAAGGCAAGAAAGGGAAAUAAGGGGUAUCCACAUGGAGAGGAUGCCUGGUGGCAUAAUGGUUAAGAGCUACGCCUGGUAACCUUGGAAUCCACCAGGCACUCCUUGGAAACUCUAUGAGGCAGUUCUCCUCUGUCCUAUAGGGUCACUAUGAGUCGGAAUCGACUCAACAGCAACGGGUUUCUUUUUUUUUUUUUUUUUUACAUGGAAACGAAGAAGUAAAACUGUACUUAUUCACAGAUGACAUGAUCCUAUACAUAGAAAAUCCCAAAGAUUCCACAAGAAAGUUACUGGAACUAAUAAAAGUAUUCAGCAAAAUGGCACUGUACAAGAUCAUAGUCUAUAUUCAACACACAAAAAUCAGUUGGGCUCUAAAUCAAAACCACAGUGAGAUACCAUCUCACCCUGGCAAUACUGGCACAAAUCAAUACAACAGAAAAUAACAAAUGUUGGAGAGGCUGUGGGGAGACUGGAACUCUUACGCAGUGCUGGUAGGGAUGCAAAAUGAUACAACCAUUUUGGAAAGUGAUAUGGCCCUUCCUUAAAAAGCUAGAAAUAGAAAUACCAUAUGAUCUAGCAGUCCCACUCCUAGGCAUAUAUCCUACAUAAAAAAGUGUCAUCACACGAAUAGAUACAUGUACACCCAUGUUCAUUGCAGCAUUGGUCACAGUAGCAAAAAGAUGGAAACAACCUAGAUGGCCAUGAACACAUCGAAUAGAUAAACUGUGGUACAUACACACAAUAGAGUAUUAUGCAAUGAUAGAGAACAACAAUGAAUCUGUGAAGCAUCUCAUAACAUGGAUGAAUCUGGAGGGCAUUAUGCUGAGUGAAAUAAGUCAAUCAGAAAAGGACAAAUAUUGUAUGAGGCCCUACUGUAAAAACUCAUGAAAAGGUUUACAUACAAAAAGAAAAAGUCUUUGAUGGUUACGAGGUAGGGGAGGGGUGGGAAUGGAAAAACACUUAAUAGACAAUAGAUAAGCGGUAACUUUAGCGAAAGGUAAGACGGUACACAGUACUGGGGAAGCCACCACAACCUAUACAAGGCAAGGUCAUGGAAGCUCCAUAGACACAUCCAAACUCCCUGAGGGACUGAAUUACUGGGCUGAGGGCUGUGGGGACCAUGGUCUCGGGGAACAUCUAGCUCAACUGGCAUAACAUAUUUUAUAAAGAAAAGGUUCCACAUUCUACUCUGGUGAGUAGCAUCUGGGGUCUUAAAAGCCUGUGAACAGCCAUCUAGGAUACUCCACUGGUCUCACCCCUUCAGGAGCAAGGAAGAAUGAAAAAAACUAAAGACACAAGGGAAAGAUUAGUUCAAAGGACUAAUGAACCACAUCUACCAUGGCCUCCACCAGACUGAGUCCAGUACAACUAGAUGGUGCUUGGCUACCACCACUGACUGCUAUGAAAGGUAUCACAAUAGAGGGUCUCAGACAGAGCUGGAGAAAAACUGUAGAACCAAAUUCUAACUCAAAAAGAAAGACCAGACUUGCUGACCUGACAGACACUGGAGAAACCCUGAGAGUAUGGCCCCCAGACACCCUCUCAGCUCAGUAAUGAGGUCACUCCUGAGUUCUACCCUUCAGCCAAAGAUUGAACAGGCCCAUGGAACAAAACAAGACUAAAGUGGUGCACAAGCCCUGGGGCACGGACUGGAAGGUAGGAGGGAACAGGAAAGCUGGUAACAGGGAACCCAGAUUUGAGAAGGGAGAGUGUUGACAUGUCAUGGGGUUGUUAACCAUGUCCUACAAAAAUGUGUGUACUGACUAUUUGAGGAGAAACUAGUUUGUUCUGUAAACUUUCAUCUAAAGUUCAAUAAAAAAGAAAAAAAAAUCAGCUGGGCUCUUCUACACUAACAAGGAAGACUCUGAAAAGGAAACCAAGAAAGCAGUACCAUUUACAAUAGCCCCUGAAAGGAUAAAAUACCUAGGAAUAAACCUAGCCAGGGACGUAAAAGACUUACACAAGGAAAACUAUAAAACACUACUGCAAGAAAAGAGAUCUCCAUAAAUGGAAAAACAUAUCAUGCUCAUGGAUUGGAAGACGUAACAUUGUAAAAAUGUCAAUACUCCCAAAAAGUGAUCUGUAGAUAUAAUACAAUCCAAAUCCAAAUCCCAACAACAUUCUUUAAUGAAAUGGAAAAACUAAUCUCCAACUUUUUAUGGAAAGGAAAGAGGCCCUGAAUAGCUUAAGCAACAUUGAAGAAGAAGAAAAAGUAGGAGGCCUCACACUUUCCAAUAUCAAGACUUACUGUACAGUCACAGUAAUCAGAACAGCCCAGUACUGGUACAAUGACAGACUUACAGACCAAUGGAAUAGAAUUGAGAACCCAGAAGUAAACCCAUACAUUUACAGACAGCUGAUCUUCAACAAAGGGUCAAAGUCCAUUCAAAGGGGAAGAAACAGUCUCUUUAACAAAUGGUGCUGGCAAAACUGGAUAUCCAUAUGCAGAAAAAUGAAUCAGUAUCCGUACUUCACACUAUGCACAAAAACUCAAAAUAGCUCAAAGACCUAAAUGUUAAAGCUAAAACUAUAAAGUUCCUGGAGGACAACAUAGGAUCAAAAUUAGAGGACCUAACCUUUAGCAUGAAUAGCCUAUCAAACAAAACAAAAAAUGCAAGAACCACAAAAGAUAAAUCAGAUAUUUGGUACCUCCUAAAAAUUGAACCAUUAUGCUUACCAAAAUGUUUUACCAAGAAAGUAAAAAAAGAACCUAGAGAUUGGGAAAAAAUCAUUGGCAAAGAUAAUCUGAUAAGGGUAUAAUCUCUAAAAUAUAUAGAAAACUUCAGCAACUCAACAACAAAAAGACAAUCAAAUCAAAAAAUGGGGAAAAGACAUUGACAGACACUUCAACAGAGAGAACAUUCAGGUGGCCAACAAAUACAUGAUAAGAUGCUCGUGAUCAUUAGCCAUUAGAGAGAUGCAAAUCAAAACUACAAUGAGAUGCCAUCUCACUCCUGCAAAAAUGGCACUAAAAAAACAGAAAACAACAAAUGCUGGCGAAGUUUUGGUAGGGGUUUGGAACUCUUAUUAUACAUUGCUGAUAUACAGACUAUGGAAAACAGUAUGGCACUUCCUCAAAAAGUUAGAAAUAGAAAUAUCUUAUGAUCCAGCCAUCCCACUUCUAGGUAUAUAUCCUAGAGAUAUAAGAGCAGUGACACAAAUGGACAUAUGCACCCCUAUGUUCAUUGCAGCAUUAUUCACAAUAGCAAAAGGAUGGAAACAACCUAAGUGCCCAUCAUCAGUUGAAUGGAUAAACAAAUUGUGGUACAUUCAUACAACAGAAUAUUAUACAAAUAUAAAGAAUAAUGAGGAGUCCAUAAAACCUCUUACAACAUGGAUAAAUCUGGAAGACAUUAUGCUGAGUAAAAUAAGUCAAUCACAGAAAGACAAAUACUGUACGGUCUCACUAUUAUAAAAAGUAAUAAUAUACGCAC